GAAUUAAAUGGGGAGUUACAAUUAUUACAAGAUGUUCGGAUGUUUCAACCGGAAGUUCAAGAUCAGCGAGUCGGAGCCGCCGCCGGACGUGAGGGAGGCGUUCUGGCGGUACUCCGACGGCGGUUCCCACAUGUCCGCCGAUCAGCUCCACCAAUUCCUGGUUAACCACCAGCAGGAGGACAGCUGCACCGCCCUGGACGUGGAGGCGAUCAUGCAGCACGUGUUCCACCACCGCCACCACUCCGACAAGCGCCACACCUUCAACCUCGAGGACUUCUUCUAUUUUCUCUUUCACGACGAUCUCAACGGCCCCAUUAAUACUCAGGUGCACCAUGAUAUGACAGCUCCAUUGCAACAUUAUUUCAUAUAUACAGGUCAUAAUUCAUACUUAACCGGAAACCAAAAUAAAUUGAUUAUACGGCGAAGAAAUGUGAAUUUAGUAAUAUAUAUAUCAAAUUGCAGGACACUAACAACUCCGGUACCGUUGAUAAAAUGCUUGAAGUCGAUUAAAGAGCACGCUUUCGUUAAAUCGCCUUAUCCCGUCAUAAUUACUUUAGAAGAUCAUCUUACACCAGACCUUCAGGCUAAAGUGGGUGAGAUGGCCACACAAAUAUUCGGAGAAAUGCUUUAUACCCCGGAAUCUGGAUUACUAGAGGAAUUCCCUUCACCCGAAGCGUUAAAGCACAAGAUAAUACUAUCGACAAAACCGCCCAAAGAGUACCUCGGAUCGAACAAUAAUAAAGAUGGAGAAACUUCGUCUCCUAAGGAAAAAGAUUCGUCUGACGAUGAACCUGAACCCGAAGCUGAAGACAAGAGUGAUAGUGAAGAUGAAGAUAGUGACAACUGUAAUAAAAAAACAUCGGGAACACUAGCGGCUCCCGAAUAUAAACGUCUAAUUGCAAUUCAUGCUGGAAAUGCGAAAAAGAAGGGAUUGAGGCACGUACUAAGAAUCACAGUCGAUCGUGCCGUUCGACUCAGUUUGAGCGAGCAAGAACUCGAGAAGGCUGCUUCUUUAUAUUCUACUGAUGUUGUCAGGUUUACGCAAAAGAACAUAUUGAGGGUGUUUCCGAAGGGGACUCGAGUAACUUCGUCGAAUUUUAGACCGACUAGUCCAUGGAUGCAUGGAGCACAGAUGGUUGCGUUUAACAUGCAGGGAUAUGGGAAAUCUCUUUGGAUGAUGCAUGGAGUGUUUAGAGCAAACGGUUGUUGCGGUUAUUUUAAAAAACCCGAGUUGCUUAUGACGAGAGGUCCGGACAACGAGGUUUUUGAUCCCAAAUUACCCUUGCCUGUUAGGCAAACAUUAAAGGUAGUCGUGUACAUGGGAGAUGGAUGGCGUUUAGAUUUCAGCCAUACGCACUUCGAUUCGUAUUCGCCACCCGACUUCUACACAAAGAUAUACAUACUAGGUGUGCCGGCGGAUGAUGCGAAGAGGAAAACGAGGAUAAUAGAAGACGAUUGGGCGCCGUAUUGGGAUCAAGAAUUCACGUUUCCGUUAAGAGUACCGGAAAUGGCGUUGCUAAGGAUAGAAGUACGAGAAUACGAUAGAUCGGACAAGGAUGAUUUCGGAGGGCAGACGUGUUUGCCCGUUUCCGAGUUGAGACCCGGUAUUAGAGCUGUUCCUUUGUAUGACAAGAAGGGCCAGAAAUUUAAAUCUGUCAGGCUUCUUAUGAAGUUCAUGUUUGAAUGACAAAUAA